AUGCCUGCGGACUCUAGAAGGAAAGGGAGGCGUCGUACACGUACUCCCUCGCCUUCUAAUACUCUGAACGAGAUUUUGAAGAGACUACAAGAUCUGGAGGAACGGGCACGCGGGAGCGAGCUUCUAUCUGCUUCGGUGGUAACCCCGGAGCCCUGCCGAGCUCUCACUAUGCCAAGCACGCCACUGCCAGCUGUGGAGCCUGCCACAACACCUGCCUGCGCACCCCCAGCUUCUGCACAAGACGUCGCUGCCACAUCGACGCCUGCGGGGAACGACGCAAAAAGCGUUGCAGAACGCUUCCUAGACGCUAUCAUCCAAUUCCCGGUUGCGAUGAAGAUCAAGACCAAGAUGGUGCUGAUCCAUCAUCAAGGACUGAUGAGGACCGCGAGGACGCUGCCAUGUCAGGAGAGGCCGUGU